CCCCAUUCAGUAACUCUACUCUAUUGCUCUGUCAUAUUCCCUCCCCACUGCUCAUUAGAGUUAACUUGCCUUGACUUUAGCGGACAUCGCCAGCCGACACUCUCCUCCCUCCCAAUCUCCUUUGCCCGGCCCGCAGCUUAUACGCCAUUAGCCUCUUCCCCAUACUAGUCUACUCCCUAAGUAUUUUAGUUUUGUUCUAGUGGGUAGAACAAGUAGUAGUAGAAGAAGAAGAUUGAGAUUGAGAUUGAUAUUGAUUCCGUGCUCUUCAAUUGUGUGGUCUAUUCAUCUUGGUGUAAGCACGGGAAGAGAACUCAGUGGAUUACAGCGUGUGAGAAUCCUUCCAGCCUACUUUUGACAACGACCCAUCUUCUAUACAUUGCCUAGGCACUUUAGAAUUGACACCCACACCAGUUUUUUCCCCCUCUGCUUUGCUCUCUCUCUCUCACUGAAUAGGAAGGAGCCUUUGUGCUUGUGCUUGUGCGAGUGUUGGUGCUGUAUUGAUUGACUUGACAGAGAGAUAGAAAGAAAGAAAGAAACCUAAGAAACCUCGUUUUACUUACUUGUAUCUUUCUCCUAGUGAUAGUUUUACCACCUUGAGAUUUAUAACUAUUGGCAUAGAGAGAAAUAGGUCUGACCUGAUCUUAUCCUAUCCACUCCACCAAGAUGCCGGAAGCACCCAUUGUUUUCUGUGGGGAAAGCAAGGAAAAUGAACGAGACCGGAGGGCCUUGGAAUUCAUCGAGAAUGUGACCAGGAACGCCGACGAGGUGCAGUCUCAAGUGCUCUAUGCAAUUCUCACGAGAAAUGCUGAUACCGAGUACUUGACAAGGUAUGGACUCCAUGGACGAAGUGAUCGAGCAACUUUCAAGAAGUUCUUGCCUGUCAUCACCUACGAGGAUCUCGAGCCUGAGAUUCAGCGUAUUGCCAACGGGGACACCUCUCCAAUCCUUUCUGCUCAUCCCGUUUCAGAGUUCCUCACUAGCUCGGGUACGUCUGCUGGAGAACGGAAGCUGAUGCCAACGAUACAGGAGGAACUGGAGAGGAGAACUCUCCUUUACAGCCUUCUCAUGCCAGUCAUGAACCAAUACGUUCAGGGACUCGAUAAGGGGAAAGGAAUGUAUUUUCUAUUCAUCAAAUCAGAGGCAAAGACUCCCGGAGGACUGCUGGCCCGUCCCGUUCUGACGAGCUAUUAUAAAAGCCGGUACUUCAAGGAAAGACCCUACGAUCCUUACAACGUGUACACCAGCCCUAACGAGACAAUCCUAUGCCCAGACUCGUACCAGAGCAUGUACUCUCAGUUGCUCUGCGGCCUCCUGCAGAACAACGAGGUGCUUCGUGUGGGCGCCGUCUUUGCCUCGGGUUUCAUCCGUGCCAUACGAUUCCUCGAAGAGCACUGGCGUGAACUCUGCCUCGACAUCAAAACCGGGACACUCAACAAAGAGAUAACUGACCCAUCAGUUCGAGAAGCCGUCAUGAAGCUCCUUACGCCCAAUCCAGAUUUGGCCGAGCUAAUAAGAAUGGAGUGCUCGACUGGGUCGUGGCAAGGAAUCAUCACUCGCCUGUGGCCCAACACAAAAUAUAUCGACGUUAUUGUGACGGGCACCAUGGCCCAGUAUAUCCCUACCUUGGACUACUACAGUGGUGGCCUGCCCCUUGUGUGUACCAUGUACGCCUCCUCUGAAUGUUACUUUGGCCUCAACCUCAAGCCCAUCUGCAAACCUUCUGAAGUCUCCUACACCCUACUUCCCAACAUGGCUUAUUUUGAGUUCCUCCCCGUUUGCCGUAACGAAGGCUUUCCCCCUAGUGUCCCCGGCAGUCUGAACGAGCAAGAGCAACAAGAAUUAGUGGAGCUCGUUGACGUCAAACUCGGCCAGGAGUACGAACUUGUGGUCACUACAUAUGCAGGUUUAUAUCGGUACAGGGUCGGAGAUGUGCUGCGGGUGACAGGUUUCAAGAACGCGGCCCCUCAAUUCCACUUCGUGUGCAGAAAGAAUGUUGUGCUCAGCAUCGACUCUGACAAAACCGAUGAAGCGGAGCUUCAAAACGCGGUGGAGAAUUCUCUCAAACAUCUGGAGCCCUUUGACACCAAGCUUAUUGAGUACACAAGCUAUGCUGACACGUCCACCAUACCGGGACAUUACGUGCUAUUUUGGGAGCUUGACUUUAGUUCUAAUGCGGUGCCUCCCUCUGUUAUUGAAGAUUGCUGUCUUAGCGUGGAGGAGUCUUUGAAUUCUGUCUACAGGCAGGGGAGAGCAUCAGAUAAAUCGAUCGGUCCCCUUGAAAUCAGAGUGGUGGAAUCGGGAACUUUUGAUCAAUUGAUGGACUAUGCUCUCAGCCGAGGGGCUUCCAUUAACCAGUACAAGACACCCAGAUGCGUAAAAUUCACUCCCAUCUUGGAACUCCUAAACUCCAAGGUCACCCGUUCUUACUUUAGCCCCAAGUGCCCCAAAUGGGUUCCUGGUCGCAAGCAAUGGGCUACUGCAAAUGCUGAACCAACCAUAAACAUUCUGUAACAUAAGAAAGAGUUCUUGAUGCUUAGGACUGGAGUGGUUGGUUCUUUGCAUUACAGGACUGGACUGGAACCCACUUUGUAUUUAUGUAGGGAAUGAUCUCAUCUCAUUUUGUUCAGGUUUGAUAAAAACAUGUUUGUGAAGUCAACUUUUGUAAGAUAAAAUUAUACAAUAAAAGCUUUUACACCCAUUUGCCUUGUAA